GUUUGAGAAGUCGCGGUAGCUGUGCUAGCUGUGCUGUGCCGUGUUACCUGUUGCUAAGUGUUUUCGGCUAACAGUUAUGAAGAUUGCUGUUGAAGGUUGUGCGCACGGGGAACUUGACAAGAUUUAUGAAACUAUAAAAGCUCUAGAAAGCCAGUACCAGUUCACAGUAGACUUACUGAUCAUCUGUGGCGACUUUCAAGCAGUCCGAAAUGCUUCUGACAUGGACUGCAUGGCUGUUCCUAGAAAAUAUCAAGAGAUGAAAGAUUUCCACAAGUACUACUCGGGUGAGAAGAAAGCGCCACUUUUGACCAUCGUAAUCGGUGGAAACCAUGAAGCUUCCAACUAUCUGGCCGAACUGGCAUAUGGUGGUUGGCUUUGUGAAAACAUCUAUUAUAUGGGUUAUGCGAGUGUCGUCAGUGUUAAUGGCAUAAGGAUAGCUGGCAUCUCAGGAAUAUACAAGGGCAACGACUACCUGAAAGGUCACUUUGAGGUCCCACCCUACAAUGAUUCCACGAAACGAAGUGCCUACCAUUUGCGAAACCUCGAGAUCUUCAGAUUGAAACAGCUGGCAGAGCCCAUUGACAUAAUAGUCUCACAUGACUGGCCACGUGGAAUUUACAACUAUGGGAACAAGGCAAAGUUGUUGCAGCAAAAGAAGUUCUUUGCUGCAGAAGUUGAGACCAACACCUUAGGCUGUCGCCCAACUGAGAGCUUGUUACAAGAACUGAAGCCAAAAUACUGGUUUGCUGCACAUCUUCAUUGCAAGUUUGCCGCAGUAGUCACUCAUGAGGAUGGAACAUGUACAAAGUUCUUGGCAUUGGACAAAUGUUUACCCAAGCGAGACUUUCUCCAAACUUUAGACAUACCAACAGAAACUGACGAGCCUCCAAGGCUUAGCUAUGAUUUAGAGUGGCUGUGUGUGCUACAGUUAACUGACCAUUUACUUAGAAUUGAUUCCAAGAAUCACUACAUGCCUGGACCAGGUUGUAGUCAACGGUGGCAGUUCACACCUACAAAAGAAGAGAAAGAAAAGCUUGCAGCAACCUGUGGCAGUGACUUGCAGGUUCCUCUAAAUUUUCAGCAUACUGCUCCUGUAUAUAUGCCAGGAUCUGAACGUAGCCCUGGCCGAGUGAAGCCCCAUGUCAACCCUCAGACUGAGAGUUUCUGCAAGCGAUUUGGACUUCGAGAUCCAUUAGCUGAAGCUCUUGAUCCUCGCCAGCAGUCAUCGCCACUGGAUAUUUCAGGCUUCUUGGGUACUGAAGAUGUGACGAAUACCACCAUGCCAUCAUUCAAUGAAUCUGAAAACUUGGGCCAGGAACAAAGCCCAGAAGCAGAUUUAGAUGAUGAGCCAGUACCUCUACAUGAGAUGAGUGCUGAAGAAAGGCAGAAGAUGCAUACAUUUGAAUUUGGAAGCCUAGUUUGUACAGCAGAAGAAAAGAAAGAGCUUUUUCCGGAGUUGAUAGAAAAGACUGAAAGUGUAAUGCCGAAGUCUGCACCUACCUCUUCUGGGAGAGUAAUGAAAAGGAGAAACCAGUCACUGUACACGGAAAGUGAAGACACAGAUAGUUAAACAGCUUGCAUUUUUAUCAUUAAGUGAACUACCUUAUAACAAAGCUCAUUUCAGAGAGCAGCUUCCCCAUUUUUUAUGUUUCCACCUUCUUGGCUGUAACCGACUUCUGCAGAAAGUAAUAUUACCCAUCAGCUUUAAAGUCGGAAUGUCUUGCCUUGUG